CUCAGUCGACCACAGACAGUCGCGUAGUCGACGGAACGAAGCUACCAUAAACAAUGGCAGAGUGAAACUUUUAACAUUUUUCAACAAACAAGACAAAUUUAGGUGGAUUUUAACAUCGAGAGUGAUAAAAGAACCGUUCGGAAACACGCAGAUCCACCAUCCAAAGCAAACAUGAUGAACAGCGAGUUCGUUCUGGAGCUGAUCAGCGUCUUCCACACCGGCCCGGUAGAACCAGGAUCAUGCGUCCAAAAACUGGUGGGGAAUGUGCCCACUGGGGUCAUACUCAAAGACGUUUCCCUCGAGAUCCACGGAGGAGAACUCAUGGCAAUCCUGGGGUCUAAAGGUAGCGGCAAGCGCGCCCUUCUCGAGGUGAUUUCCCGAAGGGCGCAGGGUCCCACCAGGGGCCAGAUCCUCCUAAAUCACGUGCCCAUGUCCCUACGCCUCUUCCAGGACUCCUGCGGGUAUGUGACCCAUAAGACCCAGCUCCUGGAGGGACUCACCACCAAGCAGACUUUAGAGUAUGCCGCCAAGCUCUCCCUCAGUUCAAAGAUUGGAAGUUCGAUGAGGUCAACCCGUGUACGCCAGGUCCUAGCCGACCUGGCUCUAACGCAGGUCGCCAACAGGUCGGUGGACCACCUGACGCCCUCAGAAUACCGGAGGCUGGUCAUAGGAGUUCAGCUGAUUAAGGACCCAUUGGUGCUCCUGCUAGACGAACCGGCGUGGGGGCUGGACCCCCUGAACACGUACUUCGUGAUCUCAAUCCUGAGCAACCACGCGAAGAAGUACAACCGCAUCAUCAUAGUCACGAUGGAGAAGCCCAGGUCUGACAUCUUGCCCUUCCUCGACCGAGUCUCCUACCUGUGUCUCGGAGACGUAGUUUACACUGGGUCGACGCGUCUCAUGAUCGACUACUUCAGGAGCAUCGGCUUCCCCUGUCCGGAACUGGAGAACCCUCUCAUGUAUUACUUGUGUCUCUCUACGGUCGACCGUCGCUCGCGUGAGAGGUUCAUCGACUCCAACAACCAGAUCGCCGCUCUAGUCGAGAAGUUCAAGCUCGAGGGUGGACCUUACAGGAAAUACGCUGGGCCACCUCCGGACGUAGACCAGUCAGAACACAAGAUACCCCUCUCGGCGUAUGGCAGGCCUGGGCUGUUUUCGACUCUCUUCGCCCUACUUGGGAGAGGCUUUGCCAUGAUGAACCCAGCAGGCUCCGUCGGCUUCCAACAGCUCUUCUUCAGGUUGCUCCUCCUCCCUUCGUUCUUCUUCCUGCUGUGGAACUUCUACUUCGAACUGAAGCCUCUACAGCGAUCGUUCUUAAGCCGAGGAGGUCUCCUGUUCAACUGCAUAGCGGGAACGGCGUACUUGGCCGCGGCUUCUACCUCAAAGACUUUCGCUCAGCACAGAACAAGAUACUACCAUGAAGCCAGAGAGGGUCUGUACAGAGGACCGCUGUUCAUCAUGACUUACAACCUGUUCUCAAUACCUGUCUCCUAUGUCAACGCUAUGGGUGCUUCUGCCAUCGUUUUCUUUGGCCUUGGUUUGGGCGACAGCGCAGUGGAAGGUCCCGACUGGAUGGGCUGGCUAAUUUUUGGCUCGGUUCUCUGGGCAGUGUGGGCAUUUGUGGAGCAGCAGACCAUUGCUCUUAUGAUGAUUGUGAAGUCUUCGUACUCGGCGGCAGCGACUUCCGUCAGCCUGACAACGUUCUACCUCCUGAUUGCUUCUGCUUCUUUAAGGUCUCUCGUUGGCCUCCCAGACUGGUUGUAUUACCUGGGCCACGUCAUCGUCUUCCGCUACGCUGCUGCGGUCCUCCACGAGCAAGCGUUUCUCGACAAGCUGCCAAACCUGCCGGUGAACAGCACUGCAGAUUGCCCCGACAACAAUGCAGAGUAUGGAUGCCGCUACAGGAACGGAACCUACUACCUUCUGGAGCGUUACCACUUCCCCGAAAACGGCUUUGACCUGGGUCGUAACGACCUGGACCUGUGGUACAACUUCGGACUCUGUUUCUCAUUCUUUGGGGGAAUGCUGGUGCUGAACCUGGUCCUGUAUUUGGUGCCUUUGCCAUCUUUCAUUAAGUCCAAGUUUAGAGACUGAAAGGGCUGUUUGAAAUACCCAUUGAGGGUUCUGGCAAGCAAGCAAUGAGUAAAAUUGAGAAUAAAGCCACAAAAAUUUUAAAAAUACAGAUAGACAUCACAAAAAAUAAAGCAAAAGAGCCAGGACUCUUCAACAAAAUAAGUUCUAAAAAGUAAAGGCUUUCUAGACAUCGGAGAUAUUAACUCCCAAAUUGAGCUCCCUGUCUCUGUGUAAGGUGAAUGGUACCUAUUUAUUUAUUCAUCACUAGAAAAGGCACAGCAAUCCCUUUUCAGGUCUACAAAAAGGGUCUCCAAGUACUUCUACAUCACAAGGUAGGGUUCUUAUCAAUGCUAUAUCAUUUUCUCCAUUUCAAAUCUCGCCUUCAUUACGCUACAAAAGCUGAACAAAUCAUUAGAAGUUAGUUGUAAUCACUUCCAUCUUUUUUUCCAUUCUCAUGUGACGGUUACAAAACCUAUUGUUAUUUCUAAUUUAUAUUUUAACCAUAGUAUAGAGAAGUUGUCUGACAAGUCCAACGAUUCAGUGAAUACCAUGAAAAUACCCUGUAAAGUAUUAGGUCAAGUAGGGUUCCUAUAUUUAAAAUGUGAAUAUUUUUUUCAAAACCUGAACUAUUACAAGAAGAAUUGCCCCCUACAGCCAUAUUUCUGAAGUCCAAAACUACCUGAAAGACAGGACCCUAUAGAACUUUCAACUGAAUACAAGAAUCUAAGUCCUGUCUGUAAAAACACAUAUUCACUCAUGUCUAAAAAGUCCAGAAUUAGCAGCAACAGACAGGACUGUAAUACAGACAUCAAAGCCCUGAACUGUUAAGUCUGUUAUUCCCGUAUUCGCGUUCUCCGGAUUCGCAGACUGACACAUUCACGAAUUUCUCUCGGGAACA